AUGGAUGUUGCUAUUAUUGGUGGUGGACCUUGUGGUUUGAUUACUCUAGAUGCUUUAAUUAAAGAAAAUAUGGGGUUUAAUAUUAAAUUAUUUGAAAGAAGAGAUAAAAUUGGUGGUUGUUGGAAUGUAACUCCACCUGGUAAAAUUUCAUUCAUUAAACAAAAUCCUAUUGAUGAAUUACCAAAAAUUAUACCCUCCAAGGUUCCAAAAUCAAAAAUAAAUCGUCAUAUGGAUACUGCUGCUUAUGAUUAUCUCGAAACUAAUGUAGAAGCAACAGCUAUGGAAUUUUCAAUUGAAAAAUUUCCAAAUAAUUUUAAAUCAAGACAAGGUCCUGAAUUUAGACAUCAUAAAGAUAUUUUAAAUUGGAUGGAAACUAAUUUUGCAAAAUAUGAAUAUAUUUAUUUAAAUACAAGUUUAGAAUUAAUUGAAAAAAUAGGUAAUAAAUUUAGAUUAAUUUUACGUAACUUUAAUAAAUUUGAUGAUUAUAUUUAUGAAGAAUAUUUUGAUAAAAUUGUGAUUGCGACUGGUCAUUUUGAUGUUCCUUAUAUUCCAAAUAUUAUUGGAUUGGAACAAUUUAAAGGGACUUUAAUUCAUUCAAAACAUUUUAGAGAUCGUAAUUUAUUUAAGGAUAAAAAAACAAUCGUGGUGGGAUCUUCUGUGUCUGCAAUGGAUUCAAUUAGAGAUAUUUUAUCAGUUGUCAAAUUACCGGCUUUAACUUCUCAAAGAUCGAAUGAUCAUGUAUAUUUUGGAAAUGAUGCUUUUAAACAUAAAGAUAUAAUAAUAAAACCAGAAAUUGUAAAAAUUGAAAAUAAUAAAGUCUAUUAUAAAGAUGGAAAUAUUGAAGAAAAUGUUGAUGCUAUAUUAUUAGCAACUGGUUAUUUAUACGAUUAUCCAUUUCUAAAGCAAGUACCUGAUUUAUUUGAAAUGAUUUUCAAUAUAAAUGAUCCAUCAAUGGCAUUUGUAGGUGCAAUCACACCAGGUUUAACUUUUAAAUUAUUUGAAUGGCAAGCUGUUUUAGUAGCUAAAUCAUUUGCUGGAAGAUCAAAUUUACCUAAAAAAUUAAUAAAAAAUAGACAAGAAGUUGGUUAUGAUUUUAAAACUUAUUUUGAAACAUUAAGAGAGUUGGCUGGAGAGAGUAAAAUUGGUAGAAUACUACCUGAAUUUGAUGAAGAAUGGGAAAGAUGUUUUUAUAGAGGUCAUGAAUUUAGGAAAAAUAUGUGGAGAUAA